AGGGAGAAAAUUUCUCCAAGUGUUGUUAAUUUCUGGAGUGAGAUCGAGAAAAAACGUUUAAAAGACAAUAUCGAAAAAGAAUCGUCAGGAUACAUCAAUGACGUUAUAGAUGAUUCGGCCAAAGAUUCCAAAAUUGCAAGGAAAUUUUUAUCCAACGAGCUAAAAUCAUUUGCAACAAGUUCUUUGAAGCGAGAUUGUUCACACGUGGAAACUUCUCAAGAUCAUUCUAAUUUUCACACACCAGAUCACAGUAAGAAGACCAGAACAGAUAUAGAUAUAUUCAAUGUCUCAUUCGAUGAGUACACCAAUGCUGUUAACGCCGUCAAUUCUAUUCAAAACAAUAAAGAAUCUGCCCAUACAAACCCACUCUGGUGGGGUGUUCUAGACUUUCGUGAGGAGAACGUGUCUCCGAGUCCAAGCCUUCCCCGUGCAAAGAAUUUUCUCUCGGCUAAUGAAAUUGAUCGUUUGAUGAAUAUGACACAAAAUGCUAUUCAAGAAGAGAAUGAAAAGAUAAGUAAAUCAGCUAAAUCACUUUUAGAAGCAUUGUUAUUAUCGGAAAUCGUUAGCCUCCAACUUCUCGCAAAGGAAUGUGGUGCACGUGGAGUAGUCGGUAUACGUGAUCUUUUGCAAAGGUCUGCUGGUAAAAUGCAGGAUGUUAAUGAUAAAAAAAUAAUUCAAGAUCAUCUCGCAAACAUAGAUGCUAAUGAUGACACUACAAUAUAUAUCGGGAGAUGUAUUGAGGACAUUUACGAAUGGAUCAGUCGUUUUCAUGGACAAUGUCAAUAUGAACGAACCGUCGACAUGUUCCUUGUUGGGCCUUGUGCAAAAACCCCGCAAACUAUAUUCACAUAUGGUGAAAAUCACUCAGAUGCUGACCGCGGAGAUAAAACGGAUCGUUCCGGGACUAGUCGUGUUGGCAAAUCAUGCGAUUUUUUAUAUUGGAGCUCGUCUCGGGAAGCUGGCAAUGGUGAGAAUAGCGGGCCAACCCACAAGGAUAACCACGACAAGGCAAAAACAAACUUUGUUGAUACAAUCAAAGUUUCUAGAGCACAGCAUAUCGAACUUGAGCUUCAAAUUAUCGAACAGAGUGGGCAAAAUCCUCUGCCGGAGAGUCUACAAAAAGCAAUGACCGGAGAUCUGUAUGGAGUUUGGGAUUGGGCCUCGGAGUACUUACCAACAAAAGAUGCAGACGUGGGGGAGGUUGCUCUACUAUGUAAAAGAUUUUUGGUUUAUGGAAAUCUUGUAGAACGUGUAGGACGGAUGUCAAACAUUCUUGCUAAGAGGUCUAAAACCUUUAAAGACAAAAUAACCAGUGAGUCUUCCAAACCAACUGUAGAGCUAAAUAAAUUCCGAACUCCCUUAAAUAGCAGA